GCCGCCGCUAAAGCAGAAGAAGGUGGUGCUGGAGAGCGAGGUGGGCGUGCUCAGUGGGCAGAGCUAAACGGCCAGGCUCGGGAGGGAGGGAGGUCAGGCUAGUUGAGGGGGGGUCUCCGAGGAGGCGCCUGCCCUCCUGUUCGCUCCAUCCCCGGCAGAGGCACACAGAGGCUCUCUCGCAGCAGUCGCUGUCCGCGCGUCGUGGUGCUGAACGGAGUUCCUGGGCUGCCAUUCUGGUGCGUCGGCGCGGGGCGGGCGCGGCGCAGUCCACCGGAGCUGUCCUCGGCUCGUGGUGCUGAAGUCCGACGCGCUCCUGAGCAGCCCUCUACAGAGCGGAGCCGGCUCGUCCAUGGGAACGGGCCGGGAGGUCCAUCCGCAACAGGAGACGAUGCUGGUCUAGGAAACCCGUCCGGCAGCUGAGCUCCUGCAAGCCAGCCAAAGCUCGAGUCCUCAAGCGCUGCCGCUCUCUUCCUCCUUCUGCGACACCAACUCUGCUCUCGGCACAGCCCAGGCAUGGCUUUCAUGGUGAAGUCGAUGGUGGGUGGGCAGCUGAAGAAUCUAACUGGUGGGCUGGGAGGAGGCGAGGAAAAAGGAGAAGGGGAGAAAUCGCCCGCCGAAGCCCAAGGCAUGACGAGGGAAGAGUAUGAAGAAUACCAGAAGCAACUCGUGGAGGAAAAAAUGGAGCGAGAUGCCGAGUUUGCCCAGCGCAAAGCAGAACGGGCCACGCUGCGGACUCACUUCCGAGACAAAUACAGGCUGCCCAAGAAUGAAACAGACGACAACCAGAUUCAGUUAGCAGGAGGUGAUGUGGAGCUUCCUAAAGAGCUAGCCAAGAUGAUUGAGCAAGACAACGAAGAGGAGGAGGAAAAGGACUCUGUUAUUGGACAGCUGACCAACAUCCAGAACCUGGACCUGGAUUCGCUGAAGGAUAAAGCCCAAGCCACACUAGAUGAUCUGAAGCAGUCUGCCGAGAAGUGCACGGUCAUGUGACAGCUCCGGAACUCCCCCGCAGGAUAUGCCCCCAAUUGUAAACGUGUCCCGUUUGAGGUGGGGUGUGCGCCGUGAGGGUUCUAUGGGAGUGAGACAGCGGUGUUGGUCUAUGGAAACGGUCCAGCCAAUUCCCACUAAGUUUGUCCUCCUUGCCUAUGUGAGCUGGAUACCGUUUCUAAACCGUGAUUCCCUCCCUGUUCAGGGUGUCUUUCUUGUCUCAUCCCUGUGCGUGAACAUGAGCUGUGUUUGCCAGUCUCAGGUUAGAACAAGAGUAUUGUCCUCCCAAUCAUUCAAAAAAAAAAAAAUGCUGCCUUUCUUAUGUGACCCGCCUUCUCCUACUUCCCACAUGACCCUCUCCGUGAAGGAGGAAGAAAGCCAGUCUCCACUGAGUGUUAUAGAACUGUUCGAUGAAUAUGGGCAAAACUAUGCCAUGGAGCAAAACCAUAUAUCCGAUCUUUACUGAGAGUCAGCUAAAGGGUGUUUGAAGCAGGGAUGUGCAAAAAAUCCGACCGAAUCAAUUCAGACUUGAAACUGUUUGCACGAAACGGGAUUCAUUCAAAAAGCUUUGAAUUCGCCUGACCUCGAAUCGAAUUUCCUCGAAUUUGAUGUGAAUUUGAUUUGAAUUUGCCCAUAUUCGAAUUGAUCCAGAUGAAUCGCAUUCUGUGCAAGCAGUUUCAAGUAGAAUCAAUUCGGUCAAUUUUUUUUCUUCACAUCCCUAAUUUGAAGCAAGGGUUUGCUCGAAGGCUUUGUUCCUUAGAAAGAAGGCGAUGUGACCUCAAGGAACGAAAGCCAUCAGCUAUCAACAUGAUUACAUUACCUUCUUUGUGUCUUCCAGAAUCAGGUCAUGGGGGGUGGAUCCUCCGCAGUACACUCACAACGUACACACACACACACACACACACACACACCAUACACAUACACACAUGCCCACAGCAAUACAGAGAAACAACAACUUGCACUUCUUGCAUACUAGACAUUUUGCAAAGGAAAGCAUAGUUGGGUUCUGCCCAUUUUGCCGAUGGGGGAAACUGAGGCACAACAGAGUCCUGUUGGCUUUCUAAACCGCCACAGGAGGUUGGUAUGUGGUGGUACAGGAAUGUAACGAAUACAUGAAUAAAUAUACAGCAGGACAAGAAAACAGACACCAAAUCUGCCUGGGGCUCAACCAGCCGAAGGCAACAGUUGCCCUGUGAGUGUUUUUGUUCCAUUCUGAUCCCAUGUGUAAUGCCACGUUGUGGGACCUCUCAUCACCUGUGCUCCCAGCAGUAGGAGAAAGGGUCCCUCGGCCUCUGUGUGAUGAAUGUGGCAGUCAGUCUGUAUAUUGUGCCGUGACUAUGCAGUGCCCCCUGUAUGAGCCUCUACCUGCUAUGACACCCUACUUCUUCCAUGGUCAAGCUGGUGGAAUAAAUACCAAGAGUUCUCUAUGCA